AAAAAAUUUCACCCUCUUGCACACCACCCACCUCACUAUGGGCCAGGAACGGCAGGCCCUCCACAACUCCCUCCACCCCCCGCACCAGCCCUCAACAUGCGGCGAACAGAGGAGCCCUGUUCAAGCCUGACCUACAGACCAACAUGGCGAGGGGGAAGAAUGACUGAUACCAUUCCCUGCUCUGCGGCUGAGGUCCACAUCCUUAGCCUGCUGGAAACCAUUAAACAGCAGCAAGACCAGCUUGUGGCAAAGGUGAACUACCUCAGCAGCAGGCUGAACAGCACCCCGGGGCCAGAUGUUGAGAUGCCCAACAAUAUCCAUUUUCCCCUGGAAAAUUUGGAGGCAGUGGAGGCAUUUGAAAUGUUUUUAAAGGAACCGUCGAAUGGCCCAGCUCGACAGAAAGUGAUUUCUUCUUUAGCCACCAUUGGAGGCCAGGAUGUGAAGAGAGUGACCUGGAACAUCUUGGGCAGGCUCUUCACAGAUGAGGUGUCUCAUCAGAUCAACUGGAAGGGUGUUAAUAACAAAAAGCCCUUCAGUAGGAUGGCAACGAAGACCUUGCUUUUCAGUGCUGUGAGGAAAAACACGCUGACACAGUCAGCCACGGAGGCGGAGGUCACCAAGCACGCAAUCAGGUGGUUCAACCUGGCGACGGAUCGGGCAACGAGGAGACGUGUCCUGCCUCCAUCCACACAAAUGGAGUAAUAGGAGAAAUAAGCAAUAAAAAACCUUUUUAUUGAACUUCUUUUUGUUCACCAGUUAUUCAUUUUCUGAUAUUUUAGCUGUGCAUACAGCAUUUCAUUGAAGUUGUAGCCUAAUAGAUCAAAUAUUUUAUGUUUGCAUACAUGUGACACCUAUAAGGUUGCUCAAUAAAGUGUUAACAACAUUUCAUCAGUUGUGUGUACAUCAUUCAGUAGGCUACUUAAAAACAGAAUAGGCUAUAACCUAUAACUGUCCAUAAAUUUAAAUAUCAAUGUUAUGUUUCCAUUGAGUAGUGAUUAGUGAUUGCUUUUGUACAAUAAAUUGAUGUCUUGACUUGAACAUUUUUUUAGGCCUAUUUUCAAUAGUUAGGUUAAAAAUACAAGCUUAGGCCUGUAUUGCUGUAGUAGCCUAGGGCUAUUGAUGGUUUUAGUUAUAUCCUAUUUUAUCCUAAAGCAAGAACAAAAGGGAUUUUGAAAAUUAGAUAAACCGGUCCAAAACGGAUCCGGGCCAGAUGAGCCAGGAUUUUUAUGAGUCCGUUGCGAGUCUGCGGCGGAUGUAUGUAUGAAUUUGCGGGCCC